CAAGAAACAAGAAACUUCCCAAGUUGUGAAUCGACUAACCUUACCUUGUAAACGGUUGAAUUAAGUUCAAUUAGCUCGAUUAACUCUACCAAUUCAACUAUAAUCCACAUUUUCAACUUUUCCAUCCAAGACAAACCUGAACUUUUUCCAAGAAUUGAAAGGAGUCAAACAAGCAAAACGAGCAAGACAAGCAAAAUAAGUAAAAGCAACUUCCUCAAGAACCAUUAUUGGCAAUCUGGGCACACUGAACGCUUUGCUACUGUACUACUUUUUUUGCUACAGUCAAUGUCAGUCAUUCGUACAACUUGUACAAGAUAAUUACGUACCAAAACCAUCUGGCUUAAUCAAGCAUUGCCCACCUGAUCCAAUUUACUAGGAUCCUGAAUCAAUUACAGGGAUACAAAUCGAAGGGGACUUGCGUCUCUUGACGAUCCCUUCGAAUGUCGCUCCGCCUUAUUACCGUGGGGAAUGUGAAAUUCAUUGCUACCAUAUUUACUGCCCAAAUCACGUCCGUAACUCAAGGAAGAAGCUACUGAGCUUCUACCAAGCGUGAGGGCACAGAAAUCCUAUCAUACCUAUAACCAAUUUUAUAAAAUAUAUGCGCAACAAGCCCGUCUCAUGGCGACAGUAGGAGGACCUCAGGAAUUUGAUGACUUCGGUCUCCCCAUUCCGAAAUACGUAAGCCCAACAGUGGCUGAACCAGAUGGCGAUAAGAGUGAACCAAGCAAUGCGACAGAGAGCAGCUCGAAUACAUCGAAGAAGGAAAUAGAGAGGUCAGAGAAAUCAGAGAUUACCACGGACUCUGGGAAGGUGAAGGAGGAAGGAAAGGACACAGCAAACUCUGGCUUGAAACCUCCCAAACGAAGUACGAAAUCCCAAAAUGCAUCUGCUGGUAACAGCGAUGACGACGACUUCCAAAGCGCGCCCUCUACACCCAUACCAGAAACUAUCCUCCAGGUCGAGUCCAAAGAAGACGACGAAGCCAAGACACCUAUGCCCACGCAGAUCGAGUUCAAAAAGGAAACAAACACCCCAAAAUUUGAGCCAACAAAGGAUGAGCCCAAAAACCAGCCGAAAGAAGGCUCGGAAUCUUACGAGAAUGCAGACCUGUCGCAAAAGUCUAAGCGCAGAAACACCUUAGAUAAGAAAGUACAAGCUAUAUCAGGGCCAAGCAUCACACAGAUUGAAGCCAGCAAACAUGCGAACGAAGCAAAGAAACCACCUCGAAUUGACCAUAGUCGAGAUACCAGCAUAGCGAGUUCGAGUCAUGAAAUCUCCGAAUUUUCUCACCAACAGCUUACCACACAUCACGAGGAGAAACAAGCCGACACCGAUGAAGAAUGGCAAGCUAUGCCAGCAUACGCACCUUACGAUAUAUACGACGAUGACAACAGGCUAGUAGCCAAAGAGCACAACCCUGAUGAGGAUGAAAAUUAUGGAUAUGCGGGGCUUGGUGGCGCUGGUAAGGGGUAUACAAGAGUAUUAGACGACGAGGAUGCUCAGUCAGAAACCAGCAUGGAUGAUAAUACACGAUACCUGUUCAAGGAUCCCAAGAGUACGAGUAUGACAGAAAUGGACGACGAACAACGAGAUGCCCUCUCUCAACUACAGGCUACGAAAGACCUGCUAACCGAGGGGCAAAGGAUUGCAUAUGUUGGAAUAACCCGUCUAGAGCUAUCUGAAAUGAUCAAGGAGGCCGAGACCAUUGAGCAGCCGAAGAAAAUCAAGAAGGAGGUUCAGGUUGCUGCUGAAGCAAUGAGGAUGUGGUCUCAAAAGAUUAUGGUUCGACUGUACGCCCAUAUGGAAAUUACAGCUGCGGAACAAAUCAUGAUAGAGCAGUUAGCCGAACACGGCGUCAUGCCCAAAGAUCUCACCCCGGUCCUCAUGCAGAACGCAAGAGUCAAGAACCCAAUGGCGGAGGAUGAUCGAUUCUCUACAACAAGUCUAUCCCUAAAAAGUCCACGGUCAUCUCUUUCAAGUCCAGUGUCUUCUAGGGCAGGUACAGAACCUCCACCAUAUGAAAGUAACGAGGGCGAGGACAUGCCAGAGGUUAGGAUGCCCUCCCAGUUACCAAGCACCGAGAAGAUUGAUAUCGAUCUGCGGUGGACCGUCCUUUGCGAUCUCUUUUUAGUAUUGAUCGCAGAUUCAAUCUACGAUGCUAGAUCACGAGUCCUGCUCGAAAGAGUCAGCAAAAACUUGGAAAUCCCUUGGAUAGAUAUAUGCAGAUUUGAGAAGCGUGUUACCGACGCUUUGGAAAUGCAACAGCAAGCAGAAAGAGAGAACUGGAACGAGGAAGAACACCUCGAAAAUAGGAGGAAGCUCGCGCUCAAAAAAAGAUAUGUCAUGAUGGGCUUAGCCACUGUCGGAGGAGGUUUGGUCAUCGGUCUCUCUGCCGGGCUCCUAGCACCUCUUAUCGGCGCCGGUCUCGCCGCCGGCUUUACAACGAUCGGCGUAGGUGGUACAAGCUCUUUCUUGGCAGGAGCGGGAGGAGCGGCCAUCAUCACCUCGGGCGCCGCGGCUUCUGGUAGUUUCAUGGGCGGCAAGGCUGCAAAUAGACGGACAGGGGCCGUAAAAACAUUCGAGUAUCGGCCACUGCACAACAACAAACGUGUCAACCUGAUUGUAACCAUUUCCGGGUGGAUGACGAGUAAGGUUGAUGAUGUUCGUCUACCUUUUAGUACCAUUGAUCCAAUAAUGGGUGAUAUCUACUCCAUCUUGUGGGAGCCAGAGAUGUUAACUAGCAUGGGUGACACCAUCAACAUAUUAGCAACAGAGGCUCUCACACAAGGACUACAACAAGUUCUCGGCAGCACCAUAUUGAUUAGUCUCAUGGCUGCCUUACAAUUACCUGUGGUUUUAUCGAAACUUACCUACUUGAUUGAUAACCCCUGGGCCGUAUCUCUAGAUCGUGCGUGGGCUGCUGGCCUUAUCCUUGCUGACUCACUGAUUGAUAGAAACUUGGGUACUCGCCCUAUCACCUUGGUCGGGUACUCUCUAGGCUCGCGAGUCAUCUUUGCCUGUCUUCUCGAACUUGCACGAAAGGGUGCAUACGGGUUAAUUCAAAAUGUGUAUAUCUUUGGCUCGCCCAUCGUCAUAAAGAAGGAGGAAUUUCUUAGGGCUCGCACCGUCGUGGCCGGUAGGUUUGUAAAUGGCUACAACAGAACGGAUUGGAUUCUAGGUUACCUCUUCCGCUUGACCAAUGGUGGAAUUCGCCGGAUUGCCGGUUUAGCCACUGUAGAGGGUAUACCAGGCUUAGAAAACAUCGACUGCACAGAGUUUGUGACUGGCCAUAUGGAGUAUCGUGCAGCGAUGCCCAAGCUCCUUAGGCAAUGCGGCUGGCUUGUCGAGAGCGAUGAGUUCGGCGAGAUCGAGGACCCAGAUCCAGAUCGACACAGAGAGCGGCAAAAGGAACUCAUUAGCGAGAUUGAAGAAGCUCGCAAAGAGCUCGAAAACGACAGCUCCUCGAAAAAGGGGGGUUGGGGUAUCUUCGGUCGGAAAAAGAAGACCUCGCGCCAGGAAUGGGAGGUUUACGAAGACAUGAAAAAGGGGCCAGUUGCAUCGGACAAGACGGAAGACCAGGAAGGUAACAACCACGGCGUCCUAUUCGAUGUCGACGCCAUCCGAGCCGAACUAGCGAGGGAGAAAGAAGAGGAACUAGAAGUGAAGGAGCUAAAGUCCACGCUACCACCAAUGAAACUCGAUCUCUCCCCGCCACCAGCGUCGUCAGCCAACCCCCGAGGUAGCCUACGCGAGACAAAGAGUGAAGUAGGGGUUUACAGAAGUUCAUCAUACGAUUAUAGGAAUUCACAAGAACGUACACCUACAACAGCAUACCCUUCAUCCCGAGGGUUAGGCUUGGGGUACAACCCCUCACCGGUUGAAGAUGAGAUAGAGAUGACCUUUGACACGUCGUUCACGGAGAAGCCGCUCCCUCCACCAUCUCCACCACCCAAGGACUUCCCUCCAUUGACGAGGCCUGAUAUUAAGACCACUCAGACAGCGCCUAAUUUAGCGAUGAAGGAUCCAUGGGCAGAUGAUGAUGAUGAGGAGUUUGGGAAAGAAAAAGAGAUAUCUAUGACUUUUGCGUAGUAUGAUCAUCUGCGAAGGAGAUAGGGGUUGGGUCGUUGGUUGUAACAUACAUGCCUAUCAAGUCGCGACGGAUUUAUAUAUCCGUCUGUUUAUCUUUUAUUCGGCCUUUUUUUCUUGAUAGCGCGAGCUGCAUUUAUGCUUUUACGCAUGCAUUUUCCGGGGACACAUUGAUUCGGCGUUUCUUUCAGAUACUUAUGGGAAGGUUGGACGUUCUCGAUUUCAUCCAUAUUUCUAAGGGGAUAUUUUAUUCGACCGAGAUUGGUGAGAAGUACCCCAGCAAUAGGUAUACUAACCACUACCGGCGCCAGCCACGACGUCGCUGCUAGUGAUGGCAGGACAUCGGGGCUACGCGAGUAGGUGGUAGUAGGGGGUGAUUGAGGGGUCAGGGUAUGCGCAGAGGGA